CUCACCGCGGACCAGACCACCGUCCUCCAUCCGCCGCCGCCAUCCUCCAUCCCAUCACGGCCGCCGCCAUCCUCCCUCCUCCUUCCCACCGCGGCCCCGGCCGCCGCCGCAUGGCUGACAUGGAAGACGAGCUCAAGUGCCCAGUGUGCGGCGCCUUCUACCGCGACCCCAUCAUCCUGCCGUGCUCGCACAACGUGUGCCUGCCGUGUGCCCGCACUAUCCUGGUGCAGACGCCCGAGGCCGAGCCCCCGUCGCCGCAGGGCCGCCCGCCCGCCUCGGCCUCCGCCUCCGACUACGACUACCUGGACUUGGACAAGAUGAGCGUGUACAGCGAGGCGGACAGCGGCUACGGCUCCUACACCAGCUUCGCGCCGCCCAUCCCCAGCCAGAAGUCGCCCAACGGGGUGAGGGUGUUCCCGCCGGCCCCGGCGCCGCCGCCUCUCCGCCACUCCAGCCUGACCUGCCCACAGUGCCACCGCAGCGCGCUGCUGGAGGAGCGCGGCCUCCGCGGCUUCGCCAGGAACCGCCUGCUGGAGGCCAUCAUCGGCCGCUACCAGCAGAGCCGCGCCGUGGCCGCCCGCUGCCAGCUGUGCGAGCGCAACCCGCAGGAGGCGGCCGUCAUGUGCGAGCAGUGCGACGUCUUCUACUGCGAGCCCUGCCAGAGGCGCUGCCACCCGGCCCGCGGGCCGCUGGCCAAGCACCGGCUCCUGCCACCCGCCCAAGGCCGCGCCGCCGGCAAGCUAGCGCCUCGCAAGCACUCCACUUGCGCCGAGCACGAACUGGAGAAUCACAGUAUGUACUGUGCCAACUGCAAGAUACCCGUCUGCUACCAGUGCCUGGAAGAGGGCAAACACAGCAAGCACGAAGUGAAGGCGCUCGGAGCCAUGUGGAAACAGCAUAAGGCCCAACUAUCUCAAGCAUUAGGUGGUGUUUCUGACAAAGCAAAGGAAGCCAAAGAAUUUUUGGUGCAUUUGAAAAACAUGGUACAACUAAUUCAGGAGAAUGGUGUGGAAUUUGAAGCUUGUCUUGUGGCACAAUGUGAUGCACUUGUUGAUGCCUUAAAUCGUCAAAAAGCAAAAUUGCUUACGAGAGUCACCAAGGAGCGUGAGUUUAAAUUAAAGGUUGUUCGGGACCAGAUAAGCCACUGCACGCUAAAACUACGUCAGACAACUGGUCUCAUAGAAUACUGCCUGGAAGUAUUAAAAGACAAUGACACCAGUGGAUUCCUGCAGAUUUCCGAUGCAUUAAUCAAGCGUGUGCAUGUGUCCCAGGAGCAGUGGGUUAAAGGAGCUUUAGAACCCAAAAUAAAUCCAGAAUUUGAUCUGACGCUCGAUAACAGCCCAUUAUUGCAGACAAUUCACCAGCUGGAUUUUAUUCAGAUGAAAAUUCCUUCUGCAGUGCCACCGGUGCCAAUUCUACAACUGGAGAAAUGCUGCACCCAUAACAACAAUGCCACACUUGCAUGGAAGGCACCUCCACUCAACCAGACUCAGAUCGAAGGCUAUAUCCUAGAACUUGAUGAUGGAAAUGGGGGACAAUUUCAAGAGGUGUAUGUUGGAAAAGAAACUGUGUGCACAGUGGAUGGACUUCAAUUCAACAGUGCUUACAAUGCAAGAGUAAAAGCCUUUAAUUCAGCGGGUGUUGGACCUUACAGUAAAACUGUUGUUUUGCAGACAUCUGAGGUGGCUUGGUUUACCUUUGAUCCGAAUUCUGCUCAUCCAGAUAUUCUUCUAUCCAACGAUAAUCUGACCAUUACAUGUAAUAGCUACGAUGACCGGGUUGUGCUGGGAUCUGUUGCACUCUCCAAAGGAAUCCACUACUGGGAAUUAUCUAUUGAUCGUUAUGACAACCACCCCGAUCCUGCCUUUGGAGUGGCAAGAGUUAAUUUACUGAAGGAUAUAAUGUUGGGCAAGGAUGAUAAAGCCUGGGCCAUGUACGUUGACAACAAUCGCAGUUGGUUUAUGCAUAGCAAUUCCCAUACAAAUAGGACUGAAGGUGGGAUUUGUAAAGGUACAACAAUAGGUGUCCUGUUGGACCUAAACAAGCGCAACCUCUCGUUUUAUAUCAACAAUGUGCAGCAAGGCCCGGUAGCCUUUGAAAAUUUGGAAGGCAUCUUUGUUCCUGCUGUCAGCAUUAAUAGGAAUGUACAGGUGACUCUUUAUACAGGACUGGAAGUUCCGAAUCAUAUCAAACAAGCCAAAUCCUCAUUAUCCUACAGCCCCAAAAGCAAGACCAAGUACUGACACUUCAGCAACCAGCAAAAUUAGUCAGUUCAGGUAUAAAACGUUUCAAAAUUCCCAAUACCAAAUACAGAAAAUACACCUGAAAAAUUAUUAAAACCGUAGCUCCUGUCAUUCUCAGUAAACCUCGGUGGUGCCUCGCUGGUAGGAAUUGGCACUCAAGAAUUACUGGCAGUCAUAUAGCAUUGGGAUCAGUUCUCACUCGUAACAAGUUUUAGUUACAACCUGUUGUGUUAGAAAACAUAAGACA